UUCUCUGACUAGAGUCCUCGUGACCGUUCUAUUGAUUGUUAUUUGCUCUAGCGAGCGUAGUCUCGUGCCUUGCCGUUCUUUUGAAGUCGUCCAGGGUGCGGACUGCGAUCGAUCGGCUUUCACUUCCCGCCCCCAUCAGCCAGUGCUCGUUCGGGUUUUCAUUCGGGUGUGACGUGAAAUGAGAAUCCGAGGACCGCAGUAAUUCCGUGAUUGUUUCCUCCUUGGCAUUCUCGACUCGGCCGCCAAGAUGGGCUCGCUGUUUCGGAGCGAGGAGAUGACCUUGUGUCAGUUGUUCCUGCAGAGCGAGGCCGCGUACGCUUGCGUCUCCGAACUUGGAGAACUCGGACUAGUCCAAUUUCGAGAUCUGAAUCCUGACGUCAAUGCGUUCCAAAGGAAAUUUGUCAAUGAAGUACGUCGCUGCGACGAGAUGGAGCGCAAGCUCCGAUACCUGGAGAAGGAGAUCAAGAAAGACGGCAUCCCCAUGCUGGAUACGGGAGAUAAUCCCGAGGCUCCUCAGCCUCGUGAAAUGAUCGACUUGGAGGCAACGUUCGAGAAACUGGAGAACGAGUUACGCGAAGUCAAUCAAAACGCCGAAACCCUGAAGCGUAACUUCCUGGAGCUCACAGAGCUCAAGCACAUUCUUAAAAAGACCCAAGUUUUCUUCGACGAGGUAAGAAGUUUUAUACCGAGCCAAAAGUUGUCGUGUGAAGACCGUCUUUACCGUGUCGUGUCGCAGAUGGCAGACCCCAGCCGCGAGGAAGAACAAGUCACUCUCUUGGGUGAGGAGGGCCUCCGCGCUGGCGGCCAGGCUCUCAAGCUCGGUUUCGUCGCUGGAGUCAUCCUCAGGGAACGCAUUCCCGCUUUCGAGCGGAUGCUGUGGAGAGCAUGUCGAGGAAACGUGUUUCUACGCCAGGCGGAAAUCGAAACUCCGUUGGAGGAUCCAUCAACGGGAGACCAAGUGUUCAAGUCCGUCUUCAUUAUUUUCUUCCAAGGAGACCAGCUGAAGACACGUGUGAAGAAAAUCUGCGAAGGAUUUCGGGCAACUCUUUAUCCAUGUCCCGAAGCACCAGCAGAUCGACGGGAAAUGGCCAUGGGAGUUAUGACACGUAUUGAGGAUUUAAACACUGUACUCGGUCAAACGCAAGAUCAUCGCCAUCGCGUGCUGGUUGCCGCUGCAAAGAACAUUAAGAGUUGGUUCGUUAAAGUUCGCAAGAUCAAGGCUAUCUAUCAUACCUUGAAUCUGUUUAAUUUGGACGUUACCCAGAAAUGUUUGAUCGCCGAAUGCUGGGUACCGGUCCUGGAUAUCGAGACGAUUCAAUUGGCUCUGCGCCGUGGAACGGAACGUAGCGGUAGCUCCGUGCCGCCGAUUUUAAAUCGUAUGGAGACCUUCGAAGAUCCGCCGACCUACAAUCGGACCAACAAAUUUACGAAAGGGUUUCAGGCCUUGAUCGAUGCUUACGGAGUCGCAUCCUACAGGGAGAUGAAUCCGGCUCCUUACACCAUAAUAACGUUUCCAUUUUUAUUCGCGGUCAUGUUCGGUGAUAGCGGCCACGGCCUUAUCAUGUUUUUAUUCGGAGGUUGGAUGGUGCUGAAAGAGAAGCCUCUCGCUGCUAAAAGAUCUGACAAUGAAAUCUGGAACAUUUUCUUUGGUGGCCGAUAUAUCGUGUUCCUUAUGGGCCUGUUCUCUAUGUACACAGGACUCAUUUACAAUGAUAUUUUCUCAAAGUCAUUGGACAUAUUCGGGUCUAAUUGGAGAAUAAAUUACAACAUUAGUACGGUCCAGACGAACAAAGCUCUGCAAUUAAAUCCCAAGGAGGACGACUACUGGCAGUAUCCGUAUCCAUUCGGCAUGGACCCUGUCUGGCAAUUGGCUGAGAACAAGAUUAUAUUUUUAAACUCCUACAAGAUGAAAAUAUCAAUCAUCUUUGGGGUAAUUCACAUGUUAUUCGGCGUGAUUGUCGGACUCUGGAAUCAUAUGUACUUCAAGAGGAAGCUCAGCAUCAUCUGCGAGUUUAUACCGCAAAUAGUCUUCCUGGUUUUCCUGUUCUUGUACAUGGCCCUGCUUAUCUUCAUCAAAUGGAUCAAAUACGGCCCGACAAAUCCUAUUUCCGAGGGACCUGCUUGCGCACCGUCGGUAUUAAUUACCUUCAUCAACAUGGUUCUGUUCAAUAAUCCUGAGAAGAAGGAGAAUCCAAAUAAUAAUCCCGAUGACGAGAACCCUUGUACACCGUGGAUGUAUGGUGGUCAGUUUGGUUUCCAAAGGCUUCUGGUUGUUUUGGCUGUUCUUUGCAUCCCGUGGAUGUUAUUGGCUAAACCGGUGAUGAUGAUGCGUAACAGGAAGAAGCAACAUUACCAGUUGAACAGCCAUGGCACUGAAAAUGGAGACGUUGAGGGAGCAAUAGGUGUUACUCAACCAACUGGCGGUGUUGCCCAGGGUGGUCAUAAAGAUGAUGGAGAAGAAGAUAUGGGUGAAGUGUUCAUCCAUCAGGGUAUUCACACUAUCGAGUAUGUUUUAGGCAGUGUCUCUCACACGGCCUCCUACCUUCGAUUGUGGGCAUUGUCUCUUGCUCAUGCUCAACUGUCCGAAGUACUGUGGAACAUGGUCAUGAGAAAUGGUCUAGCGCGCGAAGGCUGGGCUGGCGGUAUCGUCCUUUGGGCUAUUUUCGCAUUCUGGGCAGUCUUGACUGUCGGCAUCCUUGUCCUUAUGGAAGGGUUGUCUGCUUUCUUGCAUACCCUUCGACUUCACUGGGUGGAGUUUCAGAGCAAGUUCUAUGCCGGCCUCGGAUAUAGCUUCCAACCAUUCUCAUUUGAAAUUAUUUUAGAAGCUGCUCAGUCAACCACUGAGGAUUAAAUCGGAAUGAUUGCGCAAACUGUCUCUACAAUUAUAUCCACCAUUACAUGUAUUUGUCGGGGUGUAGAUUCGAAUUAGAUUGUAAUUACCCAGAAUUGUACUUAUUGUCUUUGAAACCAGUCAUGAAAGAAAGUAUUAGUCACAUAAAUGCUGUUAUUCCCAAGAACUCUCUAUUAAAUCUGUAGGACUCAACGUCAAAAUAUAAACGAUUGAUUCAACGCAA